CACAACAUUAAUAUUAGGCAAUCGAUCGAUCCACGAUCCUUGCUUCCCACUCCUUCAAGCUUCAACUGGCCAUGGCUGCCAAGACCCAAAGCUCAUGCUUUACUUUCCUAAAGGAAGCCCUGAUCCUCCCCACGCGAAACCCCAAGCUCUUCACGCCCGUGUUCCUCCUGUUGGCCCUCGCCACCUUCCUUGCCCGCUCAGUCCAUGUCGUGUUCACCCAGCCUCUCGCCGACGACAUGGCCAGGUCCAUCCAUCUCAUCGAGAUGAGGAACACCGGCGUCUCCUGCGCAGAGUGUGACAAGCUCGGAGAGGGCGCCAUAAAGAUCAUGCUAAUCUCCAUCGCCCAGGUAAUCCUCAUGGUGGCGCUUGGCUUCGUCAAGAAGGUCGUCGCUUUCUUUGCAGCGUCCACGACCUACUCCGGCGACCGCUACUCGCUCUCCGAGCUCAUCCGCAAGGUGAUCUGCAAGGGGAACACCCUGAAGGUCCCUGCUAUCACCUUGGCCGUGGUCACCGCGCUCGGCUUGGCAUGGACGGCCGUACUGGUCGCCAUGCGUACUGGUACUGCCGUGAUGAUGCACGGUGGCCUCCGCGUUCAGGGCCUCAUCUUCGUCCUCACGCUCCUCGCCGAGCUCUACUUUGCCGUCCUCGCGCUGGUGAGCGUCACCGCGUCGGUGGUGGACGGGGAGCGGCGCGGCGUGCGCGCGCUCAGGCAGGCGUGGCGGCUCAUGACGCGGGCGAAGAGGAAGGAGGGCCUCCUGUUGGUAGUCCUGACGUACCUCCUGCCUACAGUCGUGGCUCCGGUGUACAGGGCUGCUCUUGUGUACUCCAGGAGGAGCAUGGCGGCGGGCCUGUGCGUGCUGGCUGCGUAUGCUCUUCUCUUCGGUGCGCUGCAGCUGGUCUAUCUGACGGCAGCCACGGUGUUCUACUACGAAGCCAUGGAGAGCAAGGGGGUGGUGCCUUGUGACUAUGUCCACAUUCCUUCCGGUGAAGGAGAUGUCUGAUGAUUCGUCCAAGUGGUUGCUCGCUAGAUGGAUGAGUUAUAUGGGAGGUUUUAACCUGCAAUAAUGUAGUCCCUUAAUAGUCUAAAAAAUAAUUCAUAACUGGCCUUACUAAAA